CUAGUGAUAGUGAUGAAAGCCGAAACCGACGUUAUCACAUCACAUCUCAUACAAAAAUACAAAAUUUUUCACUGGGUACAAAUUAAAUCUGAAGUAGAUUAGUGUUUCAUUUUCUAUCAUUGGAUGUCGAUAAUAAUUCUCAAAUGUUGUACCAAAAGCAAGAGUUACUCGUAAACCACACAUCCUCCAUUUAGACAAGACUCCUGAAAAAGCCAUGGAUAGCGAUUCCGAAAACAAUUCAGAAUCAACAGCAGAUCACCAAGGAAAGGAGAACUUGGUUCGAAGUCAGUAUUACGAUGUAAUGGUGAAAGUGGACGCAGAUGUGUAUUGUUUAGAUAAACUACAACUGGCCUGGAAAUCAGACUACUUUGAGAAAUUAUUGAUCGAGUAUACUGACCGAAAAGAAUGUAGUUUGAUCGAGCUACCGGUAAUGGAUACAGAUACAUUCUCUGCCAUCGUAGAUAUAAUCUAUGGAAAGACACUGACGUCUGUUUUAAACCACGAAAAUCACAUCACUUUGUUAAUGGCUAUGGAUUACUUUCAAAUGGACAUGGAUCUGAAAACGUACGCUAAUUUCAUUGAAAAUAAUUCGGUCCCAGAUGUAAAGAUAUUCAAACUGAACAACUUCGUUCAAGAGAAUCCAAAUCUGCAGUGCUUGUUACCGUCAGUUUUAGAAUAUUUAUCUGUUCAUAUGACAAAACUUCAAACUGAUAAUGAUUUUUUAUCUUUACCAUUUGAGCACCUUGUUCAGAUAGUUUUGAGUAGAAAAGACCGCAAGUUUGCGAACAGAAUGCGCGAAAUUAGUCAAACUUGCUCAGAAUGGAUUUACUAUGAUUUGCGAAACAGACUUCCUCAUGUAGCAAAGCUCGUGAAUGCUGCUAAACGAAGAUUUGGCUAUGUAAACGAAAUUAUGGAUGAAGAGUUCAACACGAUGUUGUCUAAUAUUGCUGGAAAAAUGAAUCUGGAAAUGAUGACGAAACUUUUCUACAAAUUUUUGGUGUACGAUGGAGAAGUAAAUCCCGCUCCCGAGAAUUUACUGAAAGUGAAUGAUGAAAAAAAUCAAGAUUCGAUCGCGUCUUAUAACAAAGAAAACGAACGAAAAAAGCUUACAAGACUUUUAGAAAACGGUCAUUUCCACGAUAUCGUCGUAAAUGUAGGAGAAAAAACUUACAAACUUCAUAGAUUUAUGUUGAAUCCAGCAUCGGGCUAUUUCGCUGAAAUUUCUUCCACCAAGCAGUCCAACGCAGACGCUCAAUGUGCAGAAGCGUCAGCCCAACAGCAGCAACCGAAUCAAAAUGAGUAUACGCUUCGUGAUGUUGAUCAAACGACGUUCGACAUGAUCAUUAAGUAUAUCUAUUUCGAUGAUGAAUUGCCUUUGACAUCUGAAACUAUAACUCGUGUAUUGAGAGCUGCCAAUAUUUUAAAAAUGAAAAAUUUAUUCGAUCGAUGUUUACGUUGGAUGCAAAAUAAUAUUGAACAAAUUUGCACGGAAGUUUUAAUCAUCGAUGAAUGCUUUUCUACGUCGUGGAUACGGGAGAAUAUUAAAGAAAUUUCCUCGAAAGUUUUGAUCGAAUCUGAAAUAAGCGACACGUCACCAAUCUGUUCAUUUUCUUUCGACUUGCUGGAGGAUUUACUUUUUUCAUCGUCGGAUUGCUGUGGUAAUCCACAUAAAAUUGUAGACAUAUGUUCGAAAUGGGUUAUGCACGAUGUGAUAAAUCGAUAUCAUCUGGUACCACAAAUCGCCCUGGCAAUUAAUCACAAUCGCAAUUAUUAUGAAAUGGAAGCAUCUACAGAUUUAAACAACUGCACGGAGGAAUUGAUUCGUGAUGAAUUAUGGAAAAUCUUACAUUCGACUGUGUUGGUUCCUUCGGCUAAGAAAAUAUCGGAAAACUAUGAGAAGAAAUUUCAUGAGACGCCGGUGUUCGUCGCAUUGACCAGGGAAACGUCAACAAUUCAUGUUUUGAACGCUAAUUUAGAACAAAUCACAUCAUUGUAUCUUUCAAAUGACGCUAAUGAGAGUUAUUAUUACUUUUGUGUUGCUGCCACUUUGAUAGACGAUAAUUUAUUCAUUGCGUCAUCUUCGCCUCACGAUGGUUUUGUGUUUUGUGUAUACAACCUAUCUUUGAAAAAAUUCGUCUCUCUGAGUGGGUAUGUAGAUGUGAAAGAUGUGACUGUGAGUUGGAACACUAGGUUUUGGUUAUUGAAUUGUCGCGGCCAAGUUUACUGUUGCUUUAAACAAGGCCAUGUAUUGAAAUACUCUACGGAACUAAACCGUUGGAUAAUAUUUUCGAAGAAGCCGGUAUUCUCUGAUAAAAUCUCGAAACAUGGUGAAAAUAGUGAAAAUGGUGAAGAUAGUGAAGAUAGUGAAGAUAGUGAAGAUGGUGAAGAUGUUGUAGAUGAAGAAGUAUGGUUUACAAGUGAUGGGGAUACGUUGUACAGGUUGUAUGCUAGAGGAGUAGUUAAGGAAAAUUAUUCGUCGAAAUUGAUAUAUGCUGUGGAUGAAUUCAAUUUUCAACAAAAUAUGUGGUCGUCUUUGUCAGAUUUGUCAUUUACACGAAAAUCUGACCAGGUACAUGAUUUUACCAUCCUCAAUGAUGGUAAAUUUACUGUGCUGUUGAGAUCAAAAGGGUUCAUGUCAUUCGACCGGAGAAGGCAAAAUUCAAGAGUGUGGCGUGAGUUUUCUCUGACAGACAAUUAUCUUUAUCCGGAUUUUGAGAAAUGCUAUGUGUUGAUGCGAUGUGAAGGCAGACUUAUACAUGUAAUUGGCGACAAACUGUAUCAUUGGUCCCAAACAAAUCAAACCUGGGAGUUGAAGAAAGAACUUCCAUCAAGAUUUGUAUCUGUUCCAUCAAAAUCUGAUCGUUUUAAAAAUCCUGGCCCUUAUGCGUGCAUUAGUGCCAUUCAUAAGCACAAUGUUGGCACCGUUUGAUUAUGAUGCGCGUAACUUUGUGAAGCUCCUGUUCAAUUUUUUUUUCUUAUUAACAAUUGUGAGAAGACUGAUGUAAUACCUAAUUAUAAUUAAUCAUUUUUAUCGUUA